AUGACCCUGCAAAAGAAGAUGUCACAAUGGAGGCCUGGCCUGGUGCUGUGCUGGUUUCUGCUCUGGAUCUCUUUUCAACCGGACUCCCUCCACCGGGCGUCAGCCGUCAACCUGCGGCGCUUCAUUGGCUGUGCCGUCCGGGAGUUCACCUUCCUGGCAAAGAAGCCCGGCUGCGGGGGCCUGCACAUCACCACCGACGCCUGCUGGGGGCGCUGUGAGACCUGGGAGAAGCCCGUUUUGGACCCUCCCUUCAUUGAGUCCUACCAGCGGGUCUGUACCUACAACGAGACCCGCCUGGUCACCGUCAAACUGCCCAACUGCCUGCCGAACGUCGACCCAAUGUACACCUACCCCGUCGCGCUGAGAUGCGACUGUGAUGUCUGUCUGACCAGCACCACUGAAUGUAUAACAUCUGUGUAA